UCUCCAUCCUCUUCCUUAGCGGAGCAAAAAAACCUACACAACUCUCAGCAGACGACUUCCCUCACCGGCGACUGCCUCCACGACGUACGCCGGACGGCAGGUCCUCACACUCACAUCACAUCACAGAUCCUUAUUCCUUAACAAUACGUUGGUGUGUCUGAGCAGAGGAUGCUCGUGGCCCUCAGCGCGGCGCAAUGGGUGGUGGGCAAGGCGCUGGCCCCCAUUGCCGAUGGCUUGCUGGAGGCUUGGGGUGCUACCAAGAACUUGGGUCUCAACAUCGAGGCCCUUAGGAUGGAACUGCUGCUCGUGAAGGCCACGCUUGAACUCGCCGGCUGCAAGCAGAUCCAAGGCCAGGCUAUGGAGGAGUUGUUGGGGAAGCUGCGGCACUCGGCGCACUGUGCCGAGGACUUGUUGGACGAGCUGGACUAUUUCCGCAUCCACGAUGAGCUCCAUGGCAUGUACGACGCUGCAGAUCAGCAUGCCAAGGGUUGCGUCCAUGAUUUUUGUCUCAAUGCUCGCCACACUGCCAAAGCUGUUAGCCAACUGGUUGGUUUAUCCACGAGGUCGUCUGCUUCCAGCCCUGCAUGUGAUCCUGGAGAAGUACAAGCUGCAAGACAACGGGUCAGCUGUUGCGUUUGGCCUCAUGGUAGGCAGAGGUCAUGCGGCAAUUCCUCCUUGGCGCCAAAUGCUAAUCAGGAGGUCAGUGGAUGCAUUCCCAGGCUCGGUAAACUCCUCCUUUGCUCAUCUUCCCCACAUGUAUGUGAUGAUCAUUCUGGCCAGCCAACUCUUCGUGGUGCAUCACAAAAGGAAACACCAGUACUGGGGUUUCAUAGGGUUUAUGUCUCUGAAAGAAUGAAGUGCAUUGUUGAGCAACUGCAGCCUGUGCGUACAGAGGUUACCAAGAUUCUGCAGAGUUGUGACCGUAUGACUGUCCCUGAUAUUUCAGUGAGCCGUCCCGUUACCACUGGCCAAAGUACGGAGCAGAAAUUGUAUGGGAGGGACCAUAUCAUGCAUACCAUCAUACAUGAUAUGACCAAGGGUAAAUACUACAGCAAGGAUCUAACCGUGCUUCCGGUUGUCGGUCCAGGGGGAAUAGGGAAGACAACACUGGUACAGUACAUAUAUAGAAACCAGCAAGUGCAAGAUCAUUUUCAAGUCCUUAUUUGGGUAUGUGUGUCACUCAGUUUCAAUUUGAGUAAGCUGCUAGAUGAGAUUAAAACAUAUAUCCCUCGGGUCGAAGGGGAAAAAGUUGGCAGAGUCGAAGAGCUGAUUGAACAGAGAUUAAAAUCCAAAAGGUUUUUGCUUGUACUGGAUGAUGUAUGGGAGUUCAGUAAUGGGGAUGACUGGAAAAGGUUAUUGCUGCCAUUCAAAGCAUCGCAAGAAAAAGGUAGUGUGAUUCUACUCACGACUCGGUUUCCAGCAAUAGCAAAUAUGGGUAAAACAGCUGAUUAUAUAGAACUGGAAGGAUUAAAAUCUGAAGAAUUUAGGAAGUUGUUUCUUUCGUUUGUGUUUGUUGAUGAGCCCUUUACAAGUGAUCAUAGUUUUUUGCUUGAGACCGGAGAUAAGAUAAUGGAAAACCUAAAGGGCUCUCCUCUUGCUGCAAAAACAGUUGGUGCAUUAUUGAGAAAAAACCUUAAUUUGCGUCAUUGGAGAAGAGUCUUAGAAAGUAAAGAAUGGGAGAGACAAACCGGUGUCAAUGACAUUAUGUCUGCCUUGAAGCUUAGCUAUUACUAUCUUCCUUUCCAUCAGCGACAAUGUUUCUCCUAUUCUGCAUUGUUUCCUGAAGAUUACAAGUAUAGUGGUGCUGAGCUAAUCAACUUUUGGAUAGGACUGGAUAUUUUACAACCUUGUGGUCAAAAUCAAACAUUGGAAGAUAUAGGUCUGAGCAAUUUAAAUGAUCUGGUCACAUAUGGAUUUUUCAAAGAAGAGAAAACUAAUGGUCGUCUGCGUUAUGUAAUGCAUGACCUGCUACAUGAUUUAGCAUUGCACAUGGGAUCUCAUGAAUACAUUAGUUUACAUCGGUCUAAUGUGGGAUCAGUGCAGAUUAAGCCAUCCAUACGUCACUUGUCUAUAAUCAUAGAUGAUGAUGAUACACUCUCUCAAGAGAACUUUAAGGGACAAUUGAGAAAACUGAAGACGAUAUUGAAGGUUAAGCAAUUGCAUAGUUUGAUGUUAUUUGGAGAAAUGGAUGAGAGCUUUGCCAGCAUUUUGAGUGAUUUGUUUAGGGAAGCAAAUGGUCUUCGUGUUCUCCGUCUGGUUAACAUGCCAACUUCUGUGGAGUUCAUGUUACACAACUUUUCAGCACUUGUCCACCUGCGAUACUUAUGUCUGGGUACAAAAAAGUAUGGGAGGGAGAUGCAAUUACCACUUGCCAUUUCCAGAUUUUAUCAUUUAAGGGUUCUGGAUCUAGGAUCAUGGUAUGGCUGUUGUGAUUUGCCAAGAGACUUGAGCAAGCUUGCAAAAUUGCGUCGUUUUUAUACCCUGAGUGAUGAGCUUCAUUCUGAUAUUUAUAAUGUGGGAAAACUCAGACUCUUAGAAGACCUGAAAGUAUUUAGACUCAAUAAAGAAAGGGAAGGAUUUGAAGCAAAGCAACUAGAGCAUUUAAGUGAACUGAGGGAGCUUGGCAUCUAUAACCUUGAGAAUAUACACAGAAAAGAAGAAGCAACCAAAGCAAAACUGAUAGAGAAAAACUACUUGGAGAGAUUAACAUUAGAUUGGGACAGUAAGCGGUCUAAUACCGAGCCUUGUGUGGAAGCAGUUGUCCUUGAAAGCCUUCAACCACAUAGAUAUCUUCAAGAGUUGUGCAUUAGAGGGCACGGAGGCUCUUCUUGUCCAACAUGGCUAGGUGAAAAGCUCGCUGUUGAAGCUCUUCAAUCUCUUCAGCUCGUUGGUGUUUCUUGGCAAUGUCUGCCUUCUUUAGGGAAGAUGUGGGGCCUUGAUAAAGUAAUAUUGAAGCAUAUUGCCACAGUAAAAGAGUUCGUUGUAGAGCAAAGCUUUAUCGGGCUAAAAAGGCUUGAACUUGUUGGCUUGGGAAGUUUUGAAAAAUGGAUACCAUCACAGGACACUCAUCAUAUGUUUCCUCUUUUGCAAGCAAUGAUUAUUAGGGACUGCCCUAAAAUCUUGGAGUUACCAUUUUCAAACCACAUUAUUAACCCUGCAGAUCAAGACUGGAAGAUUGAUUGGUUUCCUAAACUACAAGAGCUUGAGAUAUUGUACUGCCCAGAAUUCUUGUUAGUGCCUCAUAUCCCCUGGACUGAAACGCUAUGUACUGUCAACAUACGAGGUAUAAAGCUACUAGAGAUGUUCAAGUACUCAAGAUCAUCCUACUAUGGAGUAGGACUGAAAAUUGUUGGAAAGUAUGAACUGCGGAGCUUAGAUCAAGUGUUAGCAUGCAAUAAACUGUCAGGUCUCGAGCAGCUAGUACUCGAGAAGUGCCCACCUCUGGAGUUAAAGCACCUUCUGAUGCUAACCUCACUGAAGAAAUUGGAUGUAAGGAGUUCAGAUUGCCUGGUUGGGCCAUUAGGAGGUGAGGGUGAUGUGGAAUGGAAGCACCCUAUUAUCCAGGAAUUACUUGUGGUCCAGGAAUCACUUGGUGGUCCUAGUGGGAAGGAAUUAACAGAGCUUCUCACUCACCUCCCAAGGCUCUCCAAGUUACUUAUUGCCAGCUGUGAAAAUAUAACACAGCUCGCAGUGAGGGUGGAUGUGCAGCAAACAACUUUAGCAGCCGCGUCGGAGGUGGAGCAGGAGAAAGAAGAAGAUGGGUUGCUGCUCUUCCCGGGCCAUCUCUGCGACUCACUCAGGGAAUUGGUCAUCAACAGAUGUCCAGAGCUGGUCAUGGUGGAAGUGGAAACCCCUUCGACUUGUCUUCCUGCUGCAGGAGGAGGGUUCCAAGCCCUACGGUCCCUCCAGAGUUUACGGAUUUUUGACAGCCCCAAGAUACUAUCCGCCAAGAGCUCGCUUUCUGUCAGCAUCGCCAAGACAAGGACUGAACCACUGGUUCAGUCGAGACGAGUUAUUGCCAAACAGCAGACUGUAGCGGAUCCGGCAACAGAAGAUGGCGCGAUGGAAUUCAAUCAAGGAGAUGGGCCGGCCCAGCGGCCCAAGCAAGCGACCAACCCACCGCGUUGGCUCGACGACUACAGCCUGGCCCGUUAA